AUGCUUGCCUCCAAAGACACUUCCCUUCAGAAGAAUAAAACCACCAUGCAGAGUUUAAACGACCAACUGACCAAAACCAGAGACUACCUGACCAGCAAACCACAGUCCCUACAGGUUCAGUUGUCCUACAGUCAGUGCUCUGAAGCUCCAGUGAAGAGGUCUAUUGGGCAAGCGGUAACCAUCAAUGGCAAGGUCUACUAUGGUGGAGGAAAUUGUGUUAGCGAUGAUGAUGACGACUACCGUGUCCACUGUUACAAUCCACCACAAGACGUCUGGUCAACUCUGUCCAGACUUCCUGUAUACUGUUUUGGUCUAGGAGAGGUCAAAGGUGAAUUGGUAGCAGUUGGCGGUAUGGAUUCCCCCAACUCUACAUCCAAUGUGGUACAUGUGUUUAACAAAGGAAGGAACUGGAAACGGACGAUCCCACCCAUGCCCACAGCGAGGCAUUCACCAGCAGUCGUUAGUCUCCAAACACAUCUGAUCGUAGCAGGAGGUGGGUUGGGCUAUACUGACUACACUGAUAACGUUGAGAUCUACAACAUCAGCACCUCCCAGUGGAGCGAGACAGACAGACUACCAUAUGCUUGUUAUGACCACAGAGGAAUUGUCUACAACAACACAGUGUACCUAAUGGGGGGAUUUGACGGCAAGAAUCUAAACAAGGUGUGUGCUGCUCAAGUCAACAAGCUCAUCUCAACAGACCGACAGGAUGAUGGGAGUGCCAACAAAGCCGACUCUGUCUGGAAUACAAUAUCCAAUACACCGUCUUACCGGCCCUCCCCUGUAACGAUAUCCGACACCCUCUUUGCUGCUGGUGGAGCGGAUAGUGGUAAAGCCACUCAAAGGAUCUACGCCUACUUGUCCUCGAUGGACUCCUGGCUCUACGUUGGUAAUCUACCAUCUCCUAUAGCAUUCGCUGCCACUGUGUCACUGUCUCCAUCAGAGUGCCUUAUGAUUGGGGGAGGGAACAAAGGAGGAAAACAAUCUACUGUGUAUAAAAUUAGAACUGCAACAACUAUUUCUUAA